AUGUGCUUGACUCUGAAAGUUCUUCCUGUUAAACUUCCUCCUGUUAAAGUUCCUAGUGUUAAAGUUCCUAGUGUUAAAGUUCCUACUGUUAAAGUUCCUACUGUUAAAGUUCCUCCUGUUAAAGUUCCUCCUGUCAAAGUUGCUCCUGUCAAAGUUGCUCCUGUCAAAGUUGCUCCUGUCAAAGUUGCUCCUGUCAAAGUUGCUCCUGUCAAAGUUGCUUCUGUCAAAGUUGCUCCUCUCAAAGUUGCUCCUGUCAAAGUUCCUCCUGUCAAAGUUGCUCCUGUAAAAGUUGCUUCUGUCAACGUUGCUCCUGUCAUAGUUGCUCCUGUCAAUGUUGCUUCUGUCAAAGUUCCUCCUUUGCUCAUGUCAUUUGCUCCUGUCAAAGUUGCUCCUGUCAAAGUUGCUCCUGUCAAAGUUCCUCCUGUCAAAGUUCCUCCUGUCAAAGUUGCUCCUGUCAAAGUUGCUCCUGUCAAAGUUCCUCCUGUCAAAGUUCCUCCUGUCAAAGUUGCUCCUUUCAAAGUUCCUCCUGUCAAAGUUCCUCCUGUAAAAGUUGCUUCUGUCAAAGUUGCUCCUGUCAAAGUUGCUCCUGUCAAAGUUGCUCCUGUCAAAGUUCCUCCUGUUAAAGUUCCUACAGUCAAAGUUCCUCCUGUCAAAGUUCCUCCUGUCAAAGUUGCUUCUGUCAAAGUUGCUCCUGUCAAAGUUGUUCCUGUCAAAGUUGCUCCUGUCAAAGUUGCUCCUGUCAAAGUUGCCCCUGUCAAAGUUGCUUCUGUCAAAGUUGCUUCUGUCAAAGUUGCUUCUGUCAGUUGCUCCUGUCAAAGUUCCUCCUGUCAAAGUUCCUUCUGUCAAAGUUCCUCCUGUAAAAGUUGCUUCUGUCAAAGUUGA